AUGGAACUUAUGCAGCUGAAACAGGGUAACACAACUGUUGCAGAAUAUGCCCGGAAUCCUGCUAAUUUUGAAGAAUGGAAGUGCUUAAAGUUCGAAGGGGGUCUUCGUGAGGAUCUGAUGAGUUCAGUAGUCCCAUUGGAGAUACGAGAUUUUGAUGAGCUGGUUAAUAAGUGUAAGUUAGUGGAAGAAUGUGCUAAGAAGGUAAUUGCAUCUAAAGCAAGUCGUCAAGGAUUUCCACCAAGGAACUACAAUAGUUAUAAUUGGAAACCACGAAGGACAAACUUCAAGACACCUGGUGUGCCACAGCGAAGGAAUCCACAAGUUGGUAACGCUCCUGCUCGCCCUAUGGGUGGAAACGGAGGUAGACCAAGGCAGGAUAAUGACGCCCUGAUCCAAGGUCAGUGUUAUGUUAAAAAUGAAUUUCUAACUGUACUGUAUGAUUCGGGUGCAUCGCAUUCCUUUAUUUCUUUAACUGUUGCUCGUGAGUUGGGACUAGAUUUCUCUGAGUUGAACUUUGAUCUAAUUGUUCAUACCCAUACAUCCCAAAAUGCUUUGACCAGUUUAGCGUGCCUGCAAGUACCAUUCACUAUUAGGAACAUGGCUUUUAUACAUGAUCUAAUCUGUUUGCCUCUAUGUGGUUUAGAAGUUCUUCUAGGAUUAGAUUGGUUAUCCAAGUAUCAUGUUUUCCUUGAUUGUUAUGAAAGAACUGUUGUUAUUCUAUCUAAUGGUUUAGAUAUUAAACCAUUUUUGUGUCAUACUUUAUAUCUGAAUUCUGUAAGAGUUACCUUAGACGGGAGUGAUUGUGAGGGGUACGUCCUAUUAGCGGCUAGCUCGAAUGUCAGUGAAUUAAGCUUAGAACGAAUCCGAGUGGUGAAGGAAUUUCCCAAUGUUUUCCCGGACGACAUACCUGAGUUUCCUCCUCAGCGAGAGAUAGAAUUCAGCAUUGAACUAGUACCUGGAACCGGACCGAUUUCCAUAGCACCGUACCGGAUGUCACCAUUGGAACUUCCAGAGUUAAAGAAGCAGUUGGAUGAGCUACUUGGAAAGAAAUUUAUUCGUCCCAGUGCAUCACUUGGGGAGCUCCGGUAUUGCUAG